GAUCCAGCAGCAGGAGGGAGGGAGCGGGAGGGAGGAGGAGGUAGGACGGAGAGAGACGCCAUGUUUGCUUUGUGUGGGCCAGGCAGAGAGAUGAGUGCCCGGCGGUUGUGUCAGCUUUAACGGCGGAACAAAAACAAAACAACAACCAUGGCAAGUGGGUUGUUGUCCCUCAAGUGGAACAACCACCGCAGUACCUUCUUCCACAUCCUCGCCACCAUCCGGAGCAAGGAAUCCUAUUGUGAUGUGACUAUAGCCUGUGAUGGAAAAUUUUACCCAGUGCACAAACUGGUGUUAUCAACAUGUAGUGAUUAUUUUGAACAAAUGUUUGAAAGGACAAACUGUAAGCAUCCAAUUAUAGUGUUAAAAGACAUUAGAAGUCAGGAACUAGAAGCUUUAUUAAACUAUAUGUAUGUGGGUGAAGUUAAUGUACUUCAAAAUGAAUUAGCUGGUUUAAUAAAAGCAGCAGAAUGCCUUAUGAUUAAAGGCUUAGCAGUACCUGAUGAAUCUCCCUCAAAAGAGAGCAAAGAAAACAAGCGAACUUAUGUCGGUACAGAGGACAGUCCGUUGUCAAAACGGAGAAAAAGAGAUGAGGAAACUAGACCAUCUCCCUCUCAGAACCAGCAAAUUCACAGAGAGUCGAGAGACAGCACAGCAAACAGCCAAUCCCAAAGACAGUCCAGUAGUGCCUCAAUUCCAACUCCCUCCCCAACGGUGGCGAGAGCACCGCCCAACCCGAUCUCCCCCUCUCCGUCAGCGGGAAGUGCCUCUGAGUCUGUGUCAGAGGAUUGUAGUCAAGCUCAUAGUGAGGUGAAUGAGCAGCCCAGCCUUCCAAAUGCACAGGAGUCAGUGCAUCGGACGGUGGAGCAGACAUCUAGUCAGUCGCAGGAGGCAGUACCUGAGGUAAUAUUAGAUGAACCUGGUGUUAAAGAAGAACCCCAGGAAAUAGAGGAAGAAAUUACAGACACAAAGGAAAUAUUUGAGUCCCAUCACUUUGAGCACCCUGGGGAGGGGGAUUCAAUGAGUGACCAGGGCACAGCUGGUGGGGGUGGAGGACCAACUGGGUUUGAGUCCCAAAUGUUGGCCUCUCAACCACAGUCCAUGGAGGAUCUUGUUGCGCAGGCCAUCCCAGGAUCUUCAGGCCUGCAAGGGAACUCCCUAUGGGAAGGGGAGGGAAGCUUUCCUAUGGAAGGUUUUUCUGGAGAUGGGUCACGGCCUCCUCAGAUGGGUGGUGGAGCAGGAUCAGUAGCAGUGGCAGUUCGGGUGUGUUUGGUCUGCGGCAAGAUGGGUUUCCGACGAACGUAUGAUCUUCAGCGCCACAUGCUGUCCCAUACAGCUGCGCGACCUUUCCAGUGUCCCCAUUGCCCAUAUAGGGCAGCACUCAAAUAUAAUCUUGAUGCUCAUGUCCGUGUUAAGCAUCUGACCGAAACUAUUGCCAACCCUGGUGGCCGAGGGGCCAAGCAAGAGCAGCAGCGGGACCAACAGUCUUGUGAUGCAUCGGAUGAAGGCAGAAUCUUUACUGGUGUUGAAUAAUGUUGAACAUUUAUGUUGUGUGUCUUAGAGCUUUGAUCUAUGGAGUUUUAUCCACUAUUUAUCAUUCUGUUCAAUGGAUAUACUGAACAGUAAAUUAUUUCAAGGAAAGAUAUUGUGGAUAAGGUGACCCAGUGAUAUCAGUACUAUCAAAUUUGCAGUUAGUGAGAAGUAUAAUGAAGUAUUAUUUGGCAAAUAAAAUUAAGUUUACGAAAAAAAAGAAAUGAACCUCAAAUCAAUAAGGUGGUAAACCUUUUCAAAGAUAUUUUAUGAAACAAACCCCAUUAUCUAUCCUUCUACCUACACAAAAUUUUACGUCAUAUUGACAUCAAACUACAAGCCUCUGAGGAUUAAUUGGAGAAUUUUGUUGGUUAUAAUGCUUUCAUUCAUCUUGACUGUAGUCAUUAGUGCUGAUUUGUUUCCAUAACUCCUCUGCAAAGGUAAACCUUAGAAAACUUAUUGUUUCAGUAGUUUUCUUACAUUGCACUAAGUUGGUAAAGCUGCAUGAAAUUUAUCAAUAUUGUAUUGGGAAUUGAGGAGUGUUAAUGGAUUAGAUAUGAAUUUCAUUCAUUUAUUUAUUUUAUUUAUUUUUCCUACCAGUAAACCAGGUGCAGUAGGGGUAUGGUCUCUAGACCUGAGUCAGUAAUGUGUCAGUCAGGCAAAUGUAUUUAUAGGUUUACAUCCAUUCUGAUCUCAUGGUAAUAAUAAUAGACAUGCCUGAAGGUUAAAAUGGUUGGACAGCAUUGGGGUGUUAGAAAAGGCAGCUAAUGUAAGGGUAAUGCAAAGGUAAUUUGGAUAAUAUUCAUACUGGCUUGCUGUGCUUUCUGUGAUUAUUACUAUAAUGAUAUUACUGUUUAUGGGUGUUGUUCAUAGAGAUAUGGCGUGCUACUUGUGUUUGAUCUCCCAGCACAGCACACUCCAGAAAAAGUCAUAGCUUUAUUAACUAACACUGAAUGAAAAUUGUUGUUACUAAGUAUGUAAUUGAGAACUGUUAGCACAAGCACAUUUUCCAAUGUAGUUAUGGUCAUAAUAUUACACUGUACUGUCAAUAGUGUGUGAAGAUGUGUAUUUAUUUCCAACUUUAUAUAUUCAUAAUGGGAUAUUUAGAAUCAAUUAUUCAUUGAUAAAUUUUGUUGCAUUUAGCAUAUGAGAUGGAGGGUUUAAUCUGGUAGCAGCGAUGGGCCAAAUUUUUGCCAUGAUAAUAACCCCCCAAAAUAGAUGAUGCAUAAACUGAUCACAAAUGCAUUGAUAUAUAUUAUGAAAUGGUUUGUGUGAGUGAUGAUUUUUUCCUUUCUCUUUCAAGAAACAUGAUUCCUGCAGCUACUGGGUUAAGGAACAGACAUUUUCUUAUAAGUUACUAAUUUUCAUCCAUUUUGUAAAACAUGCUAAUGAAGUACAGAAAUAUGUGUGUGCAUGGAUUGAAUGCACACACACACACACACACACACACAUACACACACACACAUUGCUCGAAAUCCACAUUCCACAUCCAUCCACACAACCUCUAGGUAUGUCACGAAACACAGGAGAAAUUAAUCCAGACCUAGAAAGGGUUUUACCAACACCUGGGAUUGAAUCUGCAACUGGUAGAUGGGAAAGCCCCUCCUCUAACCAGUCAGCCAAAGAGAUACCUGACUCACUGAGUGAGUUUGGGAGGCUUUUUUGCAUGAGGCAGGUCAGUCACUAUGUACACACACACACACACACACACACAUACUGAUUGUGACACGGUUAGAAUAUGCAGCAGCAGUAUGGUCACCAAGUACAAAGUCUAAUAUAAGAAAAAUAGAGAGGAUUCAGAGGGCAGCACCAAAGUGUAGAAAGACCAAAAUGGACAUAUAAAAUGGGAGAUGGUGAAAUAUUAAAGAAAGUAAAUGAAGAGAGAGACCUGGGAGUAAUAAUGCAAGGUUACAUGCAACCAGAAAGUCAUAUAAAUCGGAUCUUCGGUGACACAUAUAACAUGGUGAGAAAUAUAGGUAUAGCACUCCACUACAUGGACAAAGAAAUGAUGAAAAAAUUAAUUACUACUAUGAUUAGUCCUAAACUAGAAUAAGCAGAAACAGUGUGGUCUCCACAUAUGAAGAAACACAUAAAAAACUAGAAAGAAUACAGAGGAUGGCAACAAAAAUGGUUCCAGAACUGGAGGGACUUACAUAUGAAGAGAGACUAAAGGAAGUGGACUUACCAACACUAGAACAAAGAAGAGAAAGAGGAGACCUAAUACAAAUAUAUAGGCUAUUGAGUAAAAUGGAAGAAGUAGAUAACGAGAAAUUGCUACUAAGAGAAGAACCUUCCAGCAGGAAUACUAGAGGACAUAGUAAAAAGUUGAGGAAGGGAAGAUGCUCAAGAGACAAAGAAAUAUAGCUUCCCACAAAGAAAUAUAGAGGUUUGGAACAGACCAAGUGAAGAAAUAGUAUCGGCGAAGAGUGUGCAGAGCUUCAAGGAAAAGUUGGAUAAUUAUAGAUAUGGAGACAGGACCACACGAGCGUAAGCCCAGGCCCUGUAAAAUUACAACUAGGUAAAUACACACACACACACACACACACAAAAGAUGGAAAAUCAAUGAGGAAAAUAACAACUCAAGAAGGCUGUGAAAAGUUACAAAAUUAUCUAGAUAAAAUUUACAGAUGGUGCAAAAUACAGGAAAUGGAAUUUAAUGUAAAAAAAUGUUAUGUUUUGAAAAUUGGGAAAAGUGAAAUCAGACUCACAGGAUGUCAGGACAAUAUAAAUUGGUCUAUAGUAUUAUCAAAAGAGGGAAAUGAGAAAGACUUUAGAGUUGUCAUACAGGAAAACCUAUCACCCGAAAGUCACAUUAACAAAAUAUUUGGAGAAACAUAUGAGUUAUUAAGAAAUAUAAGUAACAGCACACCACUUGGACAAGGAUAUGAUGAAGAAACUAAUUACUUCAUUGAUCAAACCAAAAUUGGAAUAGGCAGAAGUAGUAUGGCUACCACAGGAAAAGAAACCGACACCAACUUCACGAGAAAAUAACCGACAUGCUGGUGACUGAGUUUCUGACUAGAAUUUUGAUGAGUUUCCCGUGAAAUGCAGCCGACUUUGAAUCUCUGUACAAAAUUCUCGAGAAACUAACGGUUGGGUGACCGUGUUCACACUUGAUUCGAGAUUCACAGAGAUGCGUGCUAAUGUCCCACAGUAAAAGCUACGAACUAAUGACUUAACUAUCAACGUUGACUUCAGAUUCACAAAGCUUUUGUUUCGUCAUAUUUAGAGGCCGCUGAUUGGAUGAGCGCUGUCGAUGACGUCAUUGUACUCGGCCAAUCACAAGUGUGUCUUCAGAACUGUCAGCCAAUCGUAAGGCAGCCAGCCGCCUUCAGCUGCAGCUUCAAAACGACCCAUGUUCUCUUCACAUGUUCUUCCUGAAUUUUUAUACGGUACGUAGUUUGAGAUAACAAGGGAGUAAAGUGGGAAAAAAAGUCAGCUUCUCCACGGGCUGGAACAAAUAAGCGCUUUUUCAGUGUUUUCAAUACCCUGAGUUUCGCGAUCCGCGAGUU